AAAUCAUUUUUUGUGUGUGAACUAUGUAAGAUUUCACUUUGUUUUAUUUAGCAUUGAUCUCAUGCUUAAAUAUGAAUAUUCAGUCGAGAUCUAACACAUUCAACAGCACUUUAAUACAAAACCAAGAUCAUUUUUUCACUCAUUUAUUUCACACUAUUUUUUGGUGUGAGAAAUUAUUUGCUCAUUGAAAUUCAAAACAGAGGUUCUGUUUCUAAGGGGAAGGAGAGAAUGAAAAAGAAGAUCUUGAAAUUGUUAAAAAUUUUGACCAAAAAUGUUAAUUUGAAUAAGGGAGAACCACCUUUGGAUCUUAAGGAAGUUUUUUUGAUGUUUACAAAUGGAGAGAACCACAUGUCAAAGGAUCAACUACUUCGAUUCAUGGUGGAACAUCAGGGAGAACAAAACUGCACCUUAUUGGAUUUGGAGCCAAUCAUUCAAAAGGUUUUACAAAUGGGAAAUUCUAGCACUGAAAGUAGCAACAUUGUAGGACUAAGUUUGGAUGAGUUCAUUGAUUUUCUGCUUCUUGAUGAUUUCAAUGGUCCCAUAAAAGAUGAGGUACAUCAUGAUAUGAAAGCUCCCUUGUCACAUUAUUUCAUGUAUACAGGGCACAAUUCCUAUCUUACUGGAAAUCAAUUUACCAGUGUGAGCAGUGAUGAGCCAAUUAUAGAGGCUUUACUACAAGGUGUACGAGUUAUUGAACUAGAUUUAUGGCCAUCUUCAACUAAAUAUGGUGGUAUUAAAGUAGUUCAUGGAAGGACUCUUACCACUCCAGUAGCACUAACCAAAUGCUUGGAAUCCAUAAAGAAAUAUGCUUUUGUCAAAUCUGAUUUUCCAGUUAUUUUAACUUUGGAAGACCAUCUAACACCAAAACUUCAGGCUAAAUUUGCACAAAUGGCAAUUCAAAUAUUUGGAGAAAUGCUUCAUUAUCCCGAGACAGAUUAUGUAACAGAAUUCCCUUCUCCAGCAUCACUAAAAAAUAUGAUAGUUAUAUCAACUAAACCACCAAAGGAAUAUCCUCAAUCUGAUAGUGUCAUCAACAAUCAUGCUUCAAAUGGAAGUGAAUCAUCAGAAGAAUAUGAAUCAUGGGGACAAGAAUUGCAAGAUUCUAUUAUGGCUAAAUUGAAAAAUGAGAACAAUAAUACAAGUAAUGAAGAGAUGGAAGAUAUAAGUAUAAGUGAUUACAAAUCAAACCAGCAACAAGGUGCACGUCAAUACAAAGAUUUGAUUACAAUUCAUUGUGGAAAAUCAGAAGGUUCUAUGAAGGAUAGACUUAAAGUUGAUCAUGGUGGUAAAGUUAGAAGGAUAAGUUUGAGCGAGAAGACGGUAAAAAAUGCUUGUGAAUCUCAUGGAGCUGAUCUAAUAAGGUUCACACAGAAAAAUAUCCUCAGAGUUUAUCCUAAAGGAGAACGUGUCAUAUCCUCAAAUUUUAGGCCACAUUUAGGGUGGAUGUAUGGAGCUCAGAUGGUUGCAUUCAAUAUGCAGGGGUAUGGCAAAUCACUGAGGUUGAUGCAAGGGAUGUUCAGAGCAAAUGGAGGGUGUGGUUAUGUGAAAAAACCUGAAUUUCUAAUUCAAGAAGGUGCAAAUAAUGAGGUUUUUGAUCCUAGAAGAACACUGCCAAUGAAACAGAUAUUAAAAGUAAAAGUAUACAAAGGAGAUGGUUGGAAAACAGAUUUCAGUCCAACACAUUUCGAUCGAUUCUCUCCACCGGAUUUUUACACAAAGGUUUGUAUUGUUGGAGUUGCAGCUGAUAGUGUGAAGAAGAAAACAAGUGUAAAAAUGAACAAUUGGCAUCCUAUUUGGGAUGAAGAGUUCGAAUUCAGUUUGACAGUUCCGGAGCUCGCGUUGCUUCGGAUAGAAGUAAAGGAUAAAAAUCAGACACAAGAUAAUUUUGCUGGACAAACUUGUUUGCUCGUAUCAGAACUAAGACAUGGAUUUCGGUCUGUUCCUUUGUAUGACACAAAGGGAAAGAAAUUUACCUCUGUCAAGCUUUUACUUCGCUUCCACUUUAAAACUCUAAAUAUAUAGUAGAUUAUUGAUAUCGUUAACUUAAUUAUAUACUCGCUUUUUACUUAAAUAUAAACUAAAAUGUACGUAUAUUUAUGUAUUAAAUACAUGUAGCUUAUAUUUAAGUCUGAAUGCAGUGUAAGGUUUUUUAAUUUAGAAGCAUCAGAUAUUUAUUUUCA